AAAUAAUUCACCAGUUGCUUAUAAUCGCCUUAUGAUACAUUCAAAAACAAGGAACAACCCAGUAGUGCCUGGACAAUUAGUUUAAAAUAAUAAUAACAACGUCAAUACGCCACUAUUAUAAAAAAAAAUCAAUUCACUGAUGAAUUCAUCGUAGAAAGUAAUUAACAAGUAGCCUAAACGAAUAUAUAAUCAAAUUCUUCUACAAUAAUAAUAUUAUAGCAAUGUCGCAAGUAGCGCUGUGUAACUAUAGCAACAACGAUACUAACAAUAAUAAUGACAACAUUAGUGAGGAUUCCACUCAACUGCCGACUAUCUACAGGUGUCGCGCGCCUAUAGCCAGUCUCGACUGCAUGGAGGAAUUUAGUGCCGGCAGUGCCCUUAGCGCAUUGGCGGAAAGAGGAGGUCCAGGCGAGUCCACCAUUACCAAGGAACAACUGCUGCUCAGCGGUCUGACGCAUUCUGCUCCUGCAGUUCCUCUACAGCUAGCGAGACAAGCAUGCGUCACGCCGGGACUGAGGUACAGAAACUUAGGAAAAAGUGGAUUAAGGGUUUCAAAUAUUGGAUUAGGCACGUGGCCUACGUUUAGUCCAAAUUUAACUGAAGAACAGGCGGAACAAAUAAUCGUUUUGGCUGUGGAAAGCGGAAUCAACGUCUUCGAUCUGUCAGAGGCUCAUUCAGGUACUAGAGCUGAAGUAGAACUGGGUAGGAUAUUAUCAAGAAAAGGAUGGAAAAGAACCAGCUAUAUCGUUACUACUAAAAUAUACUGGAGCACAAGAUCUGAGGAGCGGGGCCUUUCCCGAAAACACAUUAUAGAGAGCGUAAAAGCCAGCCUGGUGCGACUUCAACUGUCUUACAUCGACGUUGUCAUUGUUCACAAAGCCGAUCCGAUGUGUCCCAUGGAAGAGGUUGUACGAGCAAUGCAUUACGUCAUAUGCCAGGGAUGGGUUAUGUACUGGGGAACAGCUCGAUGGUCUCCCGUCGAAAUAAUGGAAGCGUACACCAACUGCAGGCAGUUCAACUGCGUGACGCCGAUCGUAGAACAGACGGAAUACCACAUGUUUUGUAGGGAAAAGACCGAGUUGUAUAUGCCUGAAUUAUACAACAAAAUAGGAGUAGGUCUUAUGGCUUGGUCGCCUAUUUCCAUGGGAUUCACUCAGGGUCGUGAGGAUGGAAGUGGAAGUGGAGGAGGAGGCAGCGUGCAGCUAUUUUCUCGUGCUAGUUUCAAAAAUAAAUAUAGCUCAUUUUCGUGGACCGAAGACGAAACCACAGCAGCCAACAAGGAAGGUUACAGUUGGAUGAAAGACAGGCUUCAACCUGAUGAAUCCAGACGACAAGCUGAGAAGAUUCGGGAACUGAAUGCGUUGGCUGAGAAACUCGGUUGCUCUUUGACACAGUUGGCUAUAGCGUGGUGCUUGAAAAAUGAAUCUGUACAGUGCUUAUUGCUAGGAGCUAGCUCCGUUGACCAACUGUACGAUAGUAUACAAUCCCUACAGCUUAUUCCGAAGUUGAACACGAAUAUGGUGGCGGAAAUUGAGCGAAUUUUAGAAAAUAAACCAACCCGACCUCCUAUGGUUUCUACUUUAGCGCUUAGAUGACAAUCAAUGUGCCCCCCUGGCUCCAUCAGUGGCAACCAGGGAGGCACCAGCACAGCGGGCAGCCCGAAAGGCGACGAACUAAGCAACGCGGACACGGACACUAAGGACAGCCAAAAACUCCCCUUCUGCGAGAUUCAGUGACAAAAGGCUACCGAGUUUGUCAAAACUCGUAAAAGUAAAACGCCCGACGAAAAACCCGUUAAGGAAAAGGUUAGAUGGUCGUACAGUCCUGACGAGGGCCCGAAAUGUACCACCGAAACGUUCGUCAGCAAGAAGAAGGAGAAAAAGACAGCUUCUAGUCCAGUGCCGGUAUGAAAACAAACAAAUUUCGUGGAAGAGGUGCUCAUUUAAUACAAAAGUUUAAAGUCACUUUAACACUUUGACCGCAGCGUUACUUAAACGUUUGAGGUUGCUUGUUGCGUCACGAGUAGGAAGAGAAAUUUGUCGAUUUUAAGGUUUUAAAAGACUUGGAUUGGUUUCUUCAAACGAAAUUAGAAUGGGCUUAACUAAGUCUUUAUUAAAUUUUCUUCUACAGAAUAAGCCAAAUAAAAACGGAACAUACGCAGUUAAUACAGUGUAUCGGAACUACGUUUGAAAUAGUCGACCAAUAUAAAAGUUUGACAAACAUAAAUCAUAGCAACUCAACUACCUGUCUCCUUUUAGGCUAAGGCUAUGGCCAGACAAGCGACAAUUUACGGCGCCAUAAUAGCAGUAAAAUGAAGCUCGAAAAUGGGUCCUGGUAAGAAGGA